AUGUCAGACCUCUCACCCCAGCACAGUUCACCUUCUCAAGCGGGCGACUCCUCUGAGAACCCCGCUGUCGCACCUAGCUUGGUGCAGCACUUCCUCGCGUACCCAUUCUCCACAGAUCAGGUCUACCAGCAAGGCCUCUCGGCCAUUCUCACCGACGACAUCCUCGCAGGCAAAUCUGACGCGGAAAAGGCCGAGCUCCGCCGGCGCGCUGAGCUCUUCUACUUCAACAGAAACUUUGGGACUUCUCUCACCCUGGAGGACAUCCAGGCGCACGAAGCGGCGGUAGCGUCGGCUCGAAACCACAUAUCACCUGCUGCAGGUUUUGAUGGUACCACUGCCGCUUCCACUGGCUCGGAGGCUUCGGCCCAGCAGGUUGGCUCGGAACCGCACCAGCAUCAGGGCGGUCCGGAAGGGAGAGACACGGGGGAAGAACGUGCGCUCACUUUCGCAGAGCUCAAGGCGCUCAUUGAGGAAGGGAAGACGGAUGGCAUACCGAAUAACAAGGUCAUUCCUGACGUGAUCCACGAAGGCGCACCAAGCCAAUCGAGUGCGCCCGUUCGCAAAAAGCCAUGGGAGUAAAGCAGGUCGCCGUCUAUCUUAGACCUUGGCCCUUGGUGCACGCCGCGUAGAUCCCAUCGCGCUUCCCGCGUAGGUCUGCGGGCACGCGUAUAACGCGUAAGUAAUUAGCGGCGCGUUUAGCAAACCGAGUGGAUACCUUUGGUGACGAUGCCAUAACCUAUCGCGAAGCUAAUCUUGCCAUCAUGUCCGCAUGCAGCCUGUACAACCACACCGCGCAGAAAUAUGCAUGUAAUAUCACCACCAUUAAGACAAACCCGCAGUAUCCUCAGACCAGCUACGUGUUUCACUCGUCAUUCAUUCUACCGGCGGCCUCGAAUAUUGCUCCAGAAAGGAAAGCCGUCGGGAACACGGCGAUGAGCAUGCUAUCUUUAUG